AUGGCGGCGGAGGCGGAUGGGCGUAUGCCGGAGGGGGAGAAGAAGCAGGCGGCGAUGGACGGGCGGAAGGACGGGGUGGCGCGGGAGGUCAUCCGGAUGGAGCGGGAGGCCGUCAUCCCCAUCCUCAAGCCCAAGCUCGUCAUGCGCCUCGCAUACCUCAUAGAGCAUGAGGCUGAUCGAAACGAGUUCCUGAAGCUGUGCAAGAAGGUGGAGUACACCAUCCGGGCCUGGUACCUCCUCCAGUUCGAAGACCUCAUGCAACUGUACUCACUGUUUGAUCCUGUUUCUGGUGAGAAGAGGUUAGAGCAACAGAACCUGACAUCAGAGGAAAUCGAGACCCUCGAAUUCAAUUUCAUGACACAUCUUUUUCAGGUGAUGGAAAAGAGCAACUUCAAGUUGUUAUCAGAUGAAGAGUUCGAUAUUGCGCAAUCUGGAAAAUAUUUGUUGAAUCUUCCGAUCAAAGUUGAUGAAUCUAAGCUAGACAAGAAGUUGUUGACGAAAUAUUUUAAAGAGCACCCACAUGACAAUCUACCAGAAUUUUCAGACAAGUAUAUCAUCUUUCGUCGGGGGAUUGGAAUUGAUCGAACAACUGACUACUUUUUCAUUGAGAAAGUAGAUGUAAUGAUAUCCCAAGCUUGGAGGUCAUUGCUCAGGGUUACCAGGAUUGACCGAUGGUUUUCUAAGAAACAACAUUUGAAGCCAAAGAAUGAUACGAAGAAGAAUGAUGAAAUUAAUGAAGAUGAAGAAGAUCCAGAAUUGUUUGUUGAGAGAAUUCGAUUAGAAAAAAUUGAAUUAAGUUUGAAAAAUCUGAUGAGUAAGAUGAAAAUUCAAGAACCUACAUUCGAUAGGAUGAUUGUGGUGUACAGGAGGGCUGGUACAAAGACUAAGCCUGAUCGAGGAAUAUUUGUAAAGCACUUCAAGAAUAUCCCAAUGGCUGACAUGGAAAUUGUUCUUCCAGAGAAGAAAAAUCCAUCACUAACACCAAUGGAUUGGGUCAAGUUUCUCAUUUCUGCUGUUAUCGGUUUGGUCACUCUAGUUGGCUCUCUUGAAAUGCCAAAAGCUGAUGUAUGGGUUGUAAUAGCAAUCUUGUCUGGUGUGAUUGGAUACUGUGCUAAGAUAUACUUCACAUUUCAACAAAAUAUGACAAUUUAUCAGAAUUUGAUUACAAAAUCAAUGUAUGACAAACAGCUUGAUAGUGGGAAAGGAACUCUUCUUCACUUAUGUGAUGACGUGAUACAGCAAGAAGUUAAAGAGGUCAUAAUUUGUUACUACAUUUUAAUGGAGCAGGGAAAAGCUACUAUACAAGAUCUUGAUUUACACUGUGAAGAGCUAAUCAAAGAAGAGUUUGGCGCAGAGUGCAAUUUUGAUGUUCAUGAUGCUAUAAAGAAGUUAGAGAAACUUAGCAUUGUUCAUCGGAUGGCUCGGAAAAGGCCUGCUGGUGUAGUUGAUUUAUCUACCCUGGUGAUUCUGAAAAUGGAUGAUUCUUCCAGCGAUAAUUCAAGUAUCAACAACUAUUUAUACCAAAAGUGUCUAAAAGAUGUAUGUAUCAGCAAGCCGAGGCGGUGUAGUCACUCACAGGGGACGACGUGGGCGAGGGCAACACACGAGGUGCGGGCGGGUGGUCACGCGGGCAUGCGCCCACAAGAAGAGAAGGGCGGCGGCGGGUGCUCCAAUCAGAGGAAUAAGAAGAGAUGGGGAAGGAGAAAAAUAGGGAGUGACAAAAGAGGCCCGCUUGUCAGAGGGAGAGGAGGGGAAGGGAGUGGGAAGCAGUGUCGGACGAUCAAGCUAAGUCGACCUAGGCAAAUGGCGGUAGCGAGGAGGCAGCUGAGCCGGUGGCGGUGGGUCGGCCCAUGUGGUAAGGGAGGAAGGGAGGAGUUGGGCCGGCGGCCUGGGCUUGGGAACAAGAAAGGAAGAGAGGGGAGUUUGGGCCGAGAGGAGGAUACUGGGCCCAAACUAAGCUGUGGGAUUUUUAGAACAUUUUGCAAAUAG